AGGUGGAAGCAGAGGGGGGCAGAGGUGUACUACAUGGGGGCCCGCAGCCAGCCCUGAUGGCAGGAGGCACUCGGAGCACACUGAGCUCUAAUUACAUCCUAUAGGAGCCUCAGAGGUGAUACGGUUCACGUGGAAACACUGAAAAGGUUGUGCGCCCAUGAGGUCGUCCAUGCUGGUCCUGUUGCUCUUCCUGAGUGGCCAGGCCGUGGCCGCCAUCACCCGGGGGUCAUCCAGAGCCGCAACGGCAAACCAAAACCCCGACUCCAUCCCCAUCGUGGACCCGAAGCUCUUCACCAAGCGCAGAUACCACUCACCCAGAGUGCUUUUCAGCUCUCACCCUCCUGAUGCAGAACCAUCAGAGCCACAAAGAGCCAACAGGAGGAGCCGCAGGCAAGCGGAGGAGCCGCGGCAGGAGCACCGGGGAGAAUACUCGGUGUGUGACAGUGUUAGCGUCUGGGUGGGCAACAAGACCAAAGCCACGGACAUCCUAGGCCACGAAGUCACGGUUCUCCCCGACGUGAACAUCAACAAUGUCAAAAAGAAGCAGUACUUCUUUGAGACCACGUGUAACAGCCCUCACUCGGGAAGGUCGAGCUGUUUAGGAAUCGAUGCGAGACACUGGAACUCCUACUGCACCAACUCGCACACCUUCGUCCGGGCGCUCACUUCAUUCAAGAACCUGGUGGCGUGGAGGCUCAUACGCAUCAACGUGGCAUGCGUGUGUGUGCUCAGCCGCAAGUCCUGGCGGCCAUGAAGACUUUUCCUGCACACGCGUGUGCAUAUACUGUAAAUACACAGACACGUUAACAUGCAAACAGUUGUGUCGACAUAAAUUAUCACCAAAGACCUCACUCUCUGCACAAAAUAAAUUAUUGCUAUAUGUUUAAGUAUAUGGACUGUAAGGACAUACAUCAGACCUGGGUCAAAGAGUAUCUGGAGCUGCUUUGUGGAGAUUUAGUUUUUCACCUGAUGCAAGUAUUAAUCUUCUGUAGGUUUUUUCUGUGGUUUACAACAGAGUUGAAGAUUGCUGUCCUUAUUGGGUGUGAAUUUGGGUGUCAAAUUAACAGUUUUCAAUAUGAAAUGGACACCUGCUGUUCAUUUGUGAGGUAGGUAUCUCAAUACUCGGCAGAAUCUUCUACAUUUUUGCAUAUUUGAACCAAGUCUACCCAAGAAUCAUUGAUUUUGACAUGUAGGAAAAAAUAAUUUUCUAAAGUGUUUUUAAUGAUUUUUUGAGGUAGCAACACUCAAACUGUUUCUCUGAACUGUUUGAAAUGUUCAUGAUGGGGUUCAUGAGUUAGUUGCAGUUUACAUCUAUAAGUCCUUAUGUUUGUGAGAAAGAUCUUGAGAUAUUACAAACAUUCUCACCUCUAA